UCGAGGCACGUGCGGCCAUUUUGAACACAAACUUCUGCAGCCUAAAAAUUCACUGACAAAGCAAAAACACCUGUAAUACUUUGUGAAAAUGGCUUACAACUACGUGGUCACUGCACAAAAACCAACUGCAGUGAAUGCUGUUGUUGUAGGGAACUUUACGGGYCCCGAUGACUUGAAUCUUGUCAUUGCAAAGAGCACUCGAAUUGAAAUUCAUCUUGUCACCCCAGAAGGCCUCCGUCCUGUCYUAGAUGUCGGGAUAUAUGGCAAAGUAACAAUAAUGGAGUUGUUUCGUCCACAGAAUGAAUCCCAAGAUUUAUUAUUUGUUCUUACUGCAAGAUAUAGAGUCGCUAUUCUAGGUUAUAAACAAGAGACUGGYGAUAUAGUGACGAGAGCUUGUGGAGAUGUUCAUGAUCGAAUAGGUCGGCCAUCGGACACUGGUCUUAUUGCGAUCAUUGAUCCUCAAUGCCGYAUGAUUGGCCUGCGUCUUUAUGACGGUCUUUUUAAAGUAAUUCCCUUAGAACUGGACUCAAGUAAAGAAUUGAAGGCCUACAACAUCAGGCUUGAAGAGCUCCAUGUUGUUGAUAUACAGUUUUUGCAUGGCUGUGAUGCUCCCACAAUUGUCUUCAUUUACCAGGAAACUCAUGGUCGGCAUGUCAAAACAUAUGAGGUGAACUUGAGAGAGCAUGAGUUCAUAAAAGGCCCUUGGAAGCAAGACAAUGUUGAAGUUGAAGCAUGUAGAAUUAUCGCAGUUCCCGAGCCCCUCUGUGGAGCACUAAUAGUAGGCCAGGAGUCCAUCACAUAUCACAAAGGAUCCAAUUAUUAUGCGAUUGCCCCACCAGCACUCAAGCUUAACACAGAUGCGGAUGAGCGUGGGUCCUAUGUUCAAGUUCUGGAGACGUUCACCAAUCUUGGUCCUAUCGUAGACAUGGCGGUAGUGGACCUGGAGAGGCAAGGACAGGGGCAGCUUGUGACGUGUUCUGGCGUGAGCAAGGAGGGAUCUCUUCGCAUUAUCCGUAAUGGAAUCGGCAUCCAUGAACAUGCCACCAUUGACCUGCCAGGCAUUAUGGGUAUAUGGGCUCUCAAGAUGAAACCAACAGAACAAGAUUAUGAUGAUACUCUUGUCCUGUCAUUUGUUGGUGGUAGCAGGUAA